GGGCCAUUAGGGCAUAGGGGAAGGAAGAGGAUGGUGUGCAGAAGGCCGAAAAGGUAGGCGAAUAAAAGGGAGAAGAAGGAAAAAGAGAAGGUAGACGCACCUCUCUCUCUAUCUUCUGCUUCUUCUUCUUCUUCGAUCUUCUUCAUCCUCUUUUGGUCGAUUCCCAGAUUUAAUGGGUGGUUAGAGUAACCGCAAUUCAGGGUACCGGAGUAUCCGAAGUGUUUUCUUGCUGUAGUUUGGAGAUUGGGAAGUCCGUCGGUUUUCGUCUGCGAACACGCGAAGUGGAAGCCCUGAUUUGGUGGUAGGGUUUAGAUCGGAUGGAUUCGGGGAAUGGCAUGGCUGCCGGCAGGAAGCGGGAGAGAGGCAGCGGGGAAGAGUUGAAGGGGGUGGCGUCGGUCGAGGGCAAGGGGCGGGCGGAGCGACGUGGCCGUAGGUUUGUCGGUGGAUAUGUUAUGAAGGAUUUUCCUGGGCACGGAGUCUUUCUAGGGAAGGUGGUCUCCUUCGGGGCUGGGUUGUACAAGGUUUGGUACGAGGAUGGGGACUGCGAAGAACUGGAUUAUGAUGAACUCUGCAGAAUUUCCGUGGAGAAAAGUGAGUUCGAUGAGGCGAUAAUGAGUAGAAAAAAAAGUUUGGAUCAGUUGGUUUAUUCGGGCAAGUUGGUUAAUGCUACUCCUGGUGGUCGAGGCAGACGCAAGGCUAUGGUUUCACAUCCAGGUUUGGGCGAUGAAAGUUCGAGAAGUGGUUUUAACUCUGAACCUGAAUCUAUGGUUGUAGAUAGAGCAGAAGAAGUCCUUUCUAAUGAUGGAAGGCCUGGUAGGAAACGCAAGCGACGGAAGGUGGCCGAUAAGGCAGACACAAAAGUCGGUACGGUGUUGGAGGACCGACAGGUAGAACUGCAAAGUAGAUGUUCUACCAAUUUUGAAAUUGAUUCCUCGGUGAUCCUAGAGAAGACUGCUUCGAUGCCUACAUCUCCUUGUGGACCUUUGGUAUAUACAGAUGGUGGUACUCGUGCAUUUUCAGAUGGAAGGUCUGAACAUUGUGUUGAUAGAGAAGCUGAUUCAUAUAGUGAUUCUUGUGAGUCUGAAGAUCCUGUUAACGGAAACACAUCGCCUGUUGACAGUGAGAUAGUCCUUCCACCGCCUCCUUCUUUGCCUCCAUCUUCUACCGAUAUAGAUGUCCCACUUGAAUCGAUUGCAGAACUCUUUUCUGUUUACAAUUUCCUUCGGUCAUUUAGCCGUCAGCUGUUUUUGAGUCCCUUCAGUUUCAACGAGUUUGUGGCUUCACUUAGUUUUGGUUCUGCCAACUCCAUCCUUGAUGCUGUUCAUGUGUCCCUCCUGCGGGCUUUGAAGCGUCAUCUUGAAACACUCUCUUCCAAGGGAAAUGUUCUUGAAUCAAGAAUUUUGAGACACCUUGAUUGGAGCCUUUUAGAUGCAUUGACUUGGCCAGUUUUUUUAGCUGAAUAUCUUUUGGUAUCUGGAGCUAUAUCUAAAAUGAAGAUGAAGAUUACUGGUGCCAAUUUUUUAGAUGGAGAAUACUAUGCUUCAUCUGUGUCCACAAAACUGAGAAUCCUGCAAAUCCUCUGUGAUGAUGUUGUCAUAUCUGCAGAGUUAAUGGCUGAGCUAGAUAUGCGUGCGGAGAAAGAAACCUUGAAAGAAAAUGAUGCUGAUCCAAGUUGUCCUACAGAAGGCAGUUUCGCAGAUGUUUAUCCUGAGCGAGCAAACUGUCCUUCUGUUAGGUUAGAUACUCCAGGUUGCACUGUUAAUAGUGUUUAUUCUUCUCAACAUCCUUCUAAGGUGUCGUGUUAUUCCAACUCCUUAGAUGGGAAGGCUGAUAUUCCAGUUGUUGACACGGAAAAUACUGCCCAUGAUGGAAAUAGCGAUGAAUGCUGCCUUUGCGGCAUGGAUGGGAUGCUGGUUUGCUGUGAUGGAUGCCCUUCUGCAUAUCAUUCACGAUGUGUAGGUAUAAAUAAAGCUUAUUUACCAGAAGGAUCGUGGUUUUGCCCAGAGUGUGUUGUGGAUAAGAUGGGAUCUACUUCAUCACGUAUAGGGAAGGGUUUAGCUGGUGCUGAGCUCUUUGGCGUUGAUCCUUAUGGCCGUGCAUAUUUUGGCACAUGCAAUUAUCUACUAGUACUUGAAGAUUCAUUAAAUCAAGAGACACCUUUGAGAUAUUACAAUGUGGAUGAUAUUCCAGCUAUCCUUACAGCACUUUGUUUGUCUGAGCAAUAUUCUUCCAUGUACUCUGGUAUAUGUAAAGGAAUUUCUCAAUAUUGGGAGAUUUCACCACCCUUGGGAAAGGCAUUGAAUUUAGUAAACGGUUUUGCUAGUUUGGGCACUCAAGCUGAAAAGGAAGAUGUCAAUAGAACUGCAAUUGCUGCUGAACAAAAUGCUUUAAUCUCGACUAAGGUGGAGAUUGAUAGUUACAGAAACCAUAUGUCUGAAAGUCUUAAUACCCACAAGGCAUUAGUGGAUCAUCAAUAUGCCUGCAAUGGGAGUGGGGGUUAUGGUUCCUCCAUGGAUUCAUUGAGUAGGGGUGAUCUUUCAGGCGUCCAGCAAUCUGUUGGUGGGACUUGUGGAGAGCCUGUUAAAGAGGAAUCUGUGGCUUCAGAAGUUAGGGUCCACAGGACAUUUGAUCAAUUUGUUGAUGACAAUGCAUUUCAAAUAAGUAAUCCUACCAUUGAUGAAUAUCAAAAUCUCAAAGUGGAUCCUGUGACAGCUGUUUCUGUUCACUUGCCAACUGACGGCUUCUGUCAAUAUCAGCAGCAAGAAGACAAAAUACCAAUCAUGAUGGGGUCAGCUACAUGUGCAUCUGGAAGUCAAGUGCGGCUUACUUGUGGUGCCAGAAUGGUGAAAUAUGUUACUUUGGGGGGAUCAUAUCAGAAGGUUGACUUUGUGCCUAGUUCCUACACAAACCAGUACAUCCAUGGUGAUAUUGCAGCCUCUGCUGCUGCUAAUCUGGCUAUUAUUGCUGCUGAGGACAACAAAAACUCUAGUAAUAAUGCUUCUUCUAAUCCUAGAAAAUUUGCUUCUUCAAAUAUUGCGUUGCAAAUGAAAGCAUUCUUGGGAGCAGCAACCUACUUCUUUUGGCCUGGUUUGGAGAAGAAGUCUACAGAGAUUCCUAGGGAUAGAUGUGGAUGGUGUAUCUCAUGCCAAUUUGCUGUGAACAAUAGUAACUAUAGGAAAGGAUGCCUGUUAAAUGCUGCUACCUUGAAUUCAGUGAAAGGAGCCUCAAAGGUUCUUGGUGGUGGCCCCCGUCCUGUUAAGAAUAAUGUGGGUCCUAUUGUGGCAGUUGCUGCCUAUGUUCUACAUAUUGAGGAAAGCUUACAUGGCCUAAUAACUGGUCCAUGGUUAGCUGCAGCUUACAGGAGGCAAUGGCGAAAGCAAGUUGAGCAAGCAUCUAGCUGCAGCAACCUAAAGUUUCUUUUGCUUGAGCUGGAGAAGAAUAUACGUCUUGUAGCAUUUUCUGGUUCUUGGAUUAAACAAGCAGAUGAUUGGUCGGCCGAGGCUUCAGCAAAGGAGAAAUCUGUCAUUUCUGUUCGACCAACUCAAAAGCAUGGUCCAGGUAGAAGGGGCAAAAGAAGUUCAGGAGCUUCCGGAAGCACAUAUGACUCUACCGAAUCCAAUUCAAAUGAUUUUCACUGGUGGUGUGGGGGAAGUUUAUCCAAGCAGGUAUUGCAGAAAGGGGUUUUGCCUUCUGUUAGAGCAAAAAAGGCAGCUAGGCAAGGUGGUUUUCAGAGGAUACCUGGUGUCUUUUACUCUGAAAGUGCUGACAUUCCGAGAAGAAGCAGGUGUAUUGCUUGGAGAUCUGCAGUUGAAAUGGUAAAGAGUAUAUCUCAGCUGGCGCUGCAGGUCAGAUACCUUGAUGCUCACAUUAGGUGGAAUGAUCUCCAUCGGCCUGAGCAGGUUCCUCAGGAUGCGAAAGGGGCACAAGUGGAAGCUUUUGCUUUUAGUCGUGUAGUUUUAUCUGCAAAAGCUGUUGUUAAUAAUGAAACAAGGUAUAUGCUAGAUUUUAGGGCUCAGGGAGAUCCUCCGGCACGGAUUCUGAAGAAUGUGAUACAAGCUGAUCAAGGCCAAGGUGGCAAGUGUAAAUAUUGGUUUUCUGAAUAUCAUAUUCCACUUUACCUCAUUCAAGAAUAUGAAGGAAGGAUUUGUCCAACUUCUACCAAGAAGCCCUUGAUGUUGUCAAAUAAGCAUCAGAUGAAUCAGUCUAUCUCAUUCCACAAAGACAUUUUUUCUUACCUCAUUCAGAAACUGGACAUGCCUGAGAGGCUCUUUUGCAAACAAUGCCAGAAAGAUCUGCUGCCAAAGGUUCUUGUCAAAUGUGGAUCUUGUCAAGGUUCUUUUCACAGAAACUGUGUAAUGGUGACAUCCAUUAUCGGGGAACAAUUAGAGACUACAGUUACUUGCUAUGCAUGUUAUGGCAAUGAACAGAAUAGACAAAACCACCUUGGCCAGGAUUACUCUGGAUCUGGUGUAGUUCAAGGACAGAUGAACAGUUUGAAUCGGCCAUAUUAUCAACCUGCGAGACCAUAUAUGAAUCCCUUGGUACCUGCUCCAUUUUCAAGCACUCAAAUGCAUACGGAGGCUACUGCUGCACCUACACGUCAUCUAAAAUCAUGCAAGAAAGUUGGUGAUUCUUCGACGUUCGGUCUUAUAUUGAAGAGAAAUAAGACCCAUAAGCCUGCUGUUGACUUUUGGAACAAAAAUGUUCUACGUGGAGGGAACCAAAAUGCUGAUAUGUCUACUGGACCUGUUUGUUCUCUCUGCCAUAAGCCAUACAAUCCAUCUCUUUUAUAUGUCAGAUGUGAAUUUUGUGAAAAUUGGUUUCACGGUGAGGCUGUCCAGCUUGUGGAAAGCCUUAUUAAUGACGUGAUAGGAUUUAAAUGUUGUAGAUGUCGAAAGAAGUGUGUGCCCAUAUGUCCAUUUGCUGAUGUUCAAACUAAAAAAAGGUGGAAAAGGAAUGGAAAGCGAGGAGGCUGCGAAGAAUUUUUGGCUGCACAAGAGCUGGAAGAAAUGCCCAAUGUAACUCUUGGAGACCACAUGAUAUCUGUCGAUGGCACUGAAGCUGAGGAUGAUCCGCUCCUUUUCUCUCUUGGAAAGGUUGAACCUGUUAUUGACCAAUCCUUUUCAGGGGUGUCCAUUUUUGAUAACUCUGGACAGGCAUACAGAAGUCCACAAAAACUACCUGUCAGAAGGCGCCACAUACAAGAAGAAAAUGGAUAUCCAGAUAAUUAUAGUCUUGCAGGUGCUCCAAUGUACAGAGAAGAGAAGGGAAGCACCAUGGAGUUUUCUCAGGUAGAGUGGCCAUUUUCAGCUGCAAGCUAUUGUGAGGAUGAAGAGAUGAUGCUUGGUGAUAACCUGGUUGAUUGUGAAAAUACUGCCCUUGAUGAUAUGCAGUACGAGCCUCAAACGUACUUCUCACUCACAGAGUUGCUGGCAUCUGAAGGCAAUGAGGCUGAAAAUACCACUAACGUGUCAAUGGAUGCAACGGACAACUGGCAUACAUACGCUUCCGCUUUUGAAACUAAUGGAGUAGUCGAUGCAGAAGGGUGCUUGCAACCUGGCGUUUCCCCUGACUCGUCUUUCUUGUUAGCUCCUUGUGGAAUUUGUGCCCUCAGUGACCCAGCACCUGAUGUCCCGUGCGAGAUUUGUGGAUUUCUAGUGCACAGUACGUGUCUGCCCUAUGCCAUUUCAGAGGAUGGGUGGAAAUGCGGAUCCUGUGAAAGUUAAGGUUUUGCAUAAUUUUCUUAUACUCGACAAAUUUUGUUCGUCCACAUUUCGUUUUCACAAGUAAUAACAGUUCAUUAGAGAAGGUCCGAACCAGUCGCAGACCUUUUAGAUGCUUGCGAUGGUGGAUCAAAAGGCUUAUUGUACAGCACAGGGGAAUGGCAGUGAUGUGAAGGAAAAAAAGAAAAAGAAAGAAAAAGCAUAUUGAAGUAUUUACAUAUUUUUGGUGUUUGAAGUGCUCGAUGCUUUUCAAGCACCGUAUUUGUUAUUGAUCUACGUUCUGUCAGACCAAGACGGUUCUCUUCGAGAGACAUCGAUAAAAUUGGAACCACCAAGACGAUAGGGCUGUGCUGAAGGUUUCAGAGGCAAUUUUUUCGUGUGGCGUAAAGGUUGUCACCUCUACACUUGUGUGUCGGUGAAAGCGUCGACUUGUAAAUUAACAAGACUGGAGUCGAACAUUCAUGAUACAUUCCGUUCUUGUUCUUUCAAAUUGUCAAAGGUGGUUGUCGCUUCUUAUGCCUUUUC